AUGCCGGGACCCAAGGCAUGGUUCCGUUCCAUGCGAGCACGAGAGGCCAACUCUGUGCAAAUCUUGCCACCGAUUGAUACAGCGGCGGUGAACACCGAAGCAAGCACGGGAUUCAGCAUCCGCAAUCUAGUGUCGUCACAAUGGUGGUUGGACUCGCUGAGAGAACCAGAUACCAGCGUACGGUCGAUUCUCUCGGUCCUCAUCUUCUUCAUCACGGUGUGGAACUCGGCGACGAUCCCCAUGCGGAUGGUCUUUCCGCGCUUCGGUGAGUCGUACUGGUGGUAUGUCGUCGACUACUGCUUGGAUGCUGUGCUUAUCUUUGACAUUGCCACGCGGUUUCUCAUGGGCUACGAAGUGCUGGGGGUCAUUGUCACCGACCGCCCGCUCAACGCCUUCCACUACCUCACCACCAACUUUGCCUUUGACGUACUCUGCGUCCUGCCAGCCUUUUCGCGCUCAGGUGCCAUCCACGCCAUCCUCCGCAUCAACCGCAUCGGCUUCCUCUAUCGCGUCCCGUCGUUUUUCACCGCUGGGAGCGGGCGACGUCAAGGCCGACCUUCUACCGAGUCGUCAAGCUCAUUCUCGGCAUUCUCGGCAUGGCGCACUGGACUGCGUGCUGCUUCUUCUACCUUGUCUACCGCAUCAACGACAGCAACGGCGGCCAAUGGCCCGACACCGGCGAUUCUGGCUGGGCUCAGGGCCUAGAGCUCUACCUCGACCAGCCGACCUUCCGACCGUACAUGCGCGCGCUGUUCUGGUCGACCACGCUGCUGACUGGCAUGGGCCCCGAUCACAACUACCCACAGUCCGACAUUGAGCUCGUCUUUAUGUUCAUUGUUCUGUUUAUGGGCAUUGUGGUCUUUGCCGCCAUUAUUGGUAACGUCGGCUCGCUCAUCGCCAACUCGUCGGCGACCAAGGCCGACCACAAGAAGAAGAUGGACAUUGUCAACCUGUGGAUGCGCCACAAGGGCAUUGCGCCCGGCCUCCAAGCGCGAAUCCGCUCGUACUACGAGUACCUGUGGCAGCGACAGGCUGGCCUCAACGACAACAUCAUUCUCAUGGACUUUCCCGAGCAUUUGCGAGCCCUCGUCUCGGACGACCUCAACAAGAACAUUCUCCGCGAAGUGCCCAUGUUCAAGGCCCUCAACAACGCCGAGCCGUUCAUCCAGGCCCUCAUGUCUGCUCUCCGCCCCGAAAUCUACACUCCCGGCGACUACAUUGUCCGAGAGAACGAAAUGGGCCAGUCCAUGUUCUUCAUCACCCGCGGCAUCGUCGACGUCAUCACCAUCGAUCUUGGUCGUGUGGCCCAGCUCGGCGAGGGCCAGUACUUUGGCGAAAAGGCGCUGCUGUUCAAGGCAAAGCGGAACGCGUCUAUCGUCGCGCGCACCUACGUCGACGUCUUUGUCCUCGAGAAGGACGACGUGGACUCGGCGCUCACAGACUUUCCGCUCUACGCCGACGAGCUCUACACCAAGGCUGCCGAGGAGUUGCUCAAGCGGCAGAACAAGGCCAAUGACAACGAAGACUCUGAGGAGGACAUUGAGCAAUUGGCCGACAAGCUCGAGUACGUUGGCGGGAAAACGCUCGGCGUCUCGGGAACAGAGCUCCACCGCGGCGUCUCAGGCACUGAGCUCCAGCCGUUCAAUUCGUCAGAGGUGCUUCACGCUCUUGCGCGCCAGUCUUCCUAUGACGACGAUCCGAACCGCUCGUUCUCGCUACAUGAGGUUACGUCGCAGCAGGCCAUCGGCCCGCCCUCGCCCAAAAUGCCCACCGCUAUGCUCAACGGCUCGUUUGACCGCAGUGCUGCCGCGUAUUCGUCGCGUGAAGCUGUCCUCUCGCUCGCGCGCGCCCGCUCCGGCUCCCGCACUCGCUCGAUCACCAACCAGCUUCCGAUUGUGGACAUCAUCCGUUCGGCCUCUGGUGACCUCCUCGCUCACGCCGCCGAGCAGCAGCAGACGCUGUUCAACCGCUCGCAGGGCUCGACUAGCUCGGUCCCGCGCUCACCAUCACGCUUUGCCCCGCCAGCACAGCCGAACCUGCCGCCGGUCGUCUCUAGCAGAGGCCUUAUUGCCGCAACCUCCACCUCGGGCCCGAUUCUUCCUGGACAGGUACCUUCUGACACAGCCUCGGAGCAGAGCGACGUCAUUCACGAGUUUGGAACUGAUCUUGGCCAUUCUGGCUCGGAGUGCGGUGCGCCACGCAUCUCGGUUCAGACCGCAUCCAUGCGCGGUGUCGGUCAGAGUCUGACCACAAUUCCUAAGAUCAAUGCUGCUGCAGGUGCAGGCUCUAAUGACGAGACUGCACACCGCACAGUGGCCGGUCGCCAUGGCAGUUCGCCGCUCUCGGGGUCGGCCUCGCGUUCGCGGUCACCAUGCCGCCACCAUGGAUACAGGUCCAGUCGCAAGCGCAAGCGCAAGCGCAAGGACAAGCGCAGGCGCCGCCGCAAGGACGGGUCAUCAGCAGCGCACUCCCGCUCGUGCAGCUCGCGCCACACUUCACGCCACAGCUCGCGCCAUGGCUCGCAUCGCGUCUCGCACCAGGCGCUGUCCCCUGACGGCGAGGGGGAUGAGCCGAGCUCUGCCACCACGCCCACCGGCGGAACGGUGUCACGCAAGCACGGAACCAAGGCCAAGGCCAAGGCUCGAAGGGCCCGCAAGGCCCGCAAAGCUGCAAAGCGGGCCCGCAAGACUGCCAAGGUUGAUGCGGCAGGGGGAGGAGCCGGCGACGGCAAGACGGAGUUGGACAGCGGUGGCCACGUCAAGGCUGACUUUGCGCGCUCGGCCCAGCUAGCCAGCUCAGCGCUGGAGCUUCCUGGUUCCGAGUCGGACCUCAACAACACUGUUGUGUACAAGGGGCGGGACUCGGCCGAGAAUGGCAACUCGCGCGGCCUGAACGUCCGUGUUUCGUCCGGUACAACUACGCUCAAUUCGUCGGUUCAGGUCUCGGACUCGGUCUCGAGCUCCUUGGCUGGAGCUGCAGAUGUUGGCUCGGGCUCGCGGCGGCACUCUACGUACGCGACGCCACCCAAGCCGUUGGAUGACACGCUUCAAGUGCUCAAGUCCACAACCUCGCAGCCACUCGAGUCAACAAGGGAGAUUAUGCACCGCCACCAGCUUCAGCGAAAGGCGACCGAGUCGACCGACUUUGUUGUCUCGUCGUCUGACUCGUCAUCUCUUGUCUCGGCCUCAUCGACAAGCUCGUUGUCGUCGUCGCUCUCUGGCGAUGGAACGGAGACGUCGACCGGCACGGUUGUGGCGUCACAGACGCGACUGCAUCCAUAUGCGAUGGGAACCAUUGCCAACGGCGAGGGCUCGGGCGCGCUGACCUCGAUGCCGAUGCUGCCUUUGUCGCAAUUGUCGCCCAGCCCGGACGAUGGCCUCGUUCAGUCGAUCUCGCAGCCACACCACGGCGAGAAGUCUGACGACGGUGGGCAGUCCAAAGCCCCGAGAGAGAACGGCUCCAAGGACGCGUUUCGGACUCGGCUCUCGGUCACAUCGAACCACACUGACAUCCAGCGUGGCUCGCUCACUGCCGAUGCGUCGUCGUACUCAUACUCGGAUCGAAGCUACUCGUACUACACCUCGGAUGUGUCGUCAUCGUCGUACCUCACCGACUCGUCGCCAGCAGACGCGACAACAAUGGCACGCCGCAGUGGCCACCGCAAGGCGUCGGCGCCGGCCAUGCUCUCUCCGCGCGAUCUUGGCGAUCGGCGGCAAUCGGUGUCGGGAGCAGUCAUUGCCAAGGCGUUAGGCCAGGCAGCCGCGAUGGCGUCGAUCGGGCGGGCGGGUGGGACGUCAUUCUUGUUCGGAAGCCACACCGCGCCGCGAGUCUUUUCUGCGCUCAAUGAGCUCAUCGACCUGCGCAAGGACUUUUCGACGCUCGCUCCGCACCAGCUCGAUCGCAUGCAGGCCGUACUCAUCCAUAUUCUCUCGGACGUUUCGAACGUCCGACUGGAGCAGGCUGGGCGGCUCAAGUCGCCCUCGCCGGGGCUCGCCCGGCGGUCGUCGACGUCGAAAUCGCGGUUGCAAGCCGUCCGUGAGCAGGAGAUCGCAACUGGCAUUCAAGCCGGUCUUUCUCGGCCGCGGUCGCAGUCGGUCUCGCUUGCGUCGAUAACCAAGUCAGGCUCCAGCGAAGCGCGCGGUGUGCCAAGCGCUCCGCCGGUUCCGAUGGACAUCGCCUCGCGCAUUCGCCACGUCCGCCGUGGCUCGGGCGGUGAUGACUCGCUCGGACGCAAGCACUCGGGCGGAGGCGCCAACAUGAAUCUCCUCGUCUCGUCAUCGAACCUCGAGUCCGUGCUCGCCAAGCGGCGGAAGAGGCGGCCGUCGCUGUCAAUGGCGUCGCCGCGCGGCAAGCUGUCGGCCAUGCCGGGUACACGCGGUUUCGGAAGGUAAAUAGCCUCGUGCCGACUG